AUGUUGAAAAUAGAAAGAGGGUGAAGGAGUUGGUGGUGAAGAAGAAGAAAGCGUUGUGGGAGGAAGUAGUCCAAAAGACUAACGAAGAUUUUGAGGGGGGGAUGAAGCAAAUGUGGGUAGGAAUUCAAGGGAUAGUGGGCAAGAAAAGAGGGGGAGACACGGGAAUAGCGACACUACGAUCUGCCGAGGGUAAGAUGGUAAGCAGUUCUAAAGGAAAGCGGGAAGUACUAGUAGAGCACUACCGCAAACUUGGGACACCCACCACCAACGACAACUUCGACUCGGAGUUUGAGAAGGAAAUCAACUCGUGGGCAGAGGAAAACGUUGAAAGAUCUCGGAGGGAAUGUAGUGAUGUAGGCGGGUUGCAGGGAGAGUUCACACGAGAAGAGGUAGAGGACUGUGUAGCGAAACUCAAGAAUAGAAAAGCGGCAGGGGCUGAUGGAAUUGUGAAUGAGCUUUUGAAACAGGGGGGGGGGGGGAUGAUUAACAUGUUGGUCCGGAUAUUCAACUGGAUAUGGAAACACGAGUACGCGCCGAAGAGAUGGAGAGAAGGAGUAGUCGUGAACCUGUUCAAAAAGGGGGAUAAAACUGACCCGGGGAAUUAUAGAGGGAUAACCUUGCUGAGCACAGUGGGGAAACUCUUUGGCAAGAUGAUAAACAAUAGAAUGGGAGACAUGUUGGAGGGGAAACAAAAGAUCAGCGAAGGACAAGCUGGAUUUAGACCAGAUCGUAGUUGUGUAGACCAUGUAUAUACGUUGAGUAAAAUUAUCCAAGGUAGGAAAGACGCCGGGCGUACGACAUACUGUUUCUUCCUAGAUGUACAAAAAGCCUACGACACCGUUUGGCGCAAUGGAUUGUGGAAAAAGAUGUGGGACAUAGGGAUCCGGGGGAAAAUGUGGAGGAUGUUGAAAAAGAUGACAGAAUGCACAAGAAGUGCAGUGAUGUUGGAUGGGGAAAUCUCGAAGUACGUGGAUAUACUCCAAGGAGUCGCACAGGGCUGUACGAUGUCACCCACUCUUUUCAAGAUUUACAUCAACGACUUGAUAAGCGCGGUUGAAGCAGUAAGACAGGGAGUCCAAGUAGGGGGAAAGAGUGUGUCCGGACUGAUGUUUGCAGAUGAUUUCGUGGGGGUAUCCGAAACACCAGAAGGGUUGCAGGAACAAAUAGAUGCGGCAGUAGGAUACACCCGAAAAUGGAGACUGUCGGCGAACGUAGGAAAAUGCGCAGUAGUGGUCUGUAACGAAGACAAGAAAAAUCCCGUAGAAUUCAAAUGGAAAUGGGGGGAGGAAGAACUACCGGUAGUAGACAGGUAUACGUACCUGGGAGUAGAGAUUUCGAAGGAGUGCUCAUGGGACGCACACAUAGCAAAGUUGAUUGGGAAGGGUAAAGCUCAGAUAGGCAAGAUGGACGAGAUCCUUACGGACCCACACCUAGACACUAGGAUUAAGAGGUGUGUUCUCUUGAAUGUGAUUGUACCUAAGCUUGAGUAUGCAGGAGAGGUUUGGGAAGGUAACGAAAAGGCCGUCAAGCAGCUGGAAACGGUGCAGAUGGCAGCGGCCAAGAAAAUACUAGGAUGUACAAGUACAACGAGCAACACUGUAUUGAGAGCAGAACUGGGAAUGUACUCUCUUAAAACAAGGAGAGACAUGCAAAAGUUGAAUUGGCAGUACAAGGUAAGUAGAAUGUCGGACGAUAGACUACCAGCCAUGGUUGACAAGGCAGCUUGGGGAAAAGCGACUCCAGGGAAGAAAGGAAUCAGAUGGAACAAGGUGGUAGAGAGGGUUUGGAAGGAGAUAGGAGACGAGGAGGAGACAUUGGACACGGAAGGGUUCGGGGGGUUCAAGAAGAAAGUCAAGGAGAUGCUAGCAAGUAGGGAGGAUGCAACCCUUCGGAAGAAGGUACGAAGCGAAGACCACUUGGAGAUAUACGGGAAGUUGAAAGAAGGGAUAGGGAUGAAGAGUUACUUGGACGGACCCAUGGACUACGCAAAAAGACUGAAGUUGCAAUUUCGAGUAGGCGAUCUGGACUUGCCACAACGGAGGAAGAGGUACAGCAGCCGUAGGAGAGAGGAAGAGGAGGAUAGACAGACAUGUCCAUGUGGCAAAUCGGAGGAGAGUAGACCCCACAUAGUUGGGGAGUGUGAGCUGUACAGGAAGGAAAGAGAGGAUCUCGAGGAGGACAUGAGACAGAGAGGGUGUGACAUGGACAAGUUUGGUAAAUUAGACAACAGCGAAAAAACGAUCGCGGUAAUUGGGGAUAGAUGGUGGGCACAAGAGGCCGUAGAGGACGGGGAUAACAUGUGCAAGGAAUUUUUAUGUAGUUUGUGGCAGAAACGUAAAGAGCUCCCAAAUGUUGGUGGUGUCUCUAGUAGGGGUAGGAACGGUUCUCCGUCUCGAAAGGGACGCGUGGUCAAUGGUCAAAUGACUACGGCAAGCAACAAAUGAGUACCCCCCCCCAGCGCCCC